UUCAUUUUCCUCUUAGUGCGCUUUUUUUUUUUUAAAUAUUAAAGUUAAACUCGAAGAGAAAUUUAGUCUCAUAAAUAUUUAUCAGAGUAUUUCUCUUUAACCUUCAGGGUUUGCCUUUGUUUUAAAACAACAUUGUCUCACUAAUGUAGUGAAGCUCAAACUGGAGAGAAGGAAAACUAACUUUAUAAUAUAUUUAGAGUAAUAAAAUACUGUUUAAUAAAAUAUUAAACUAUUAAAAUGGCAAGUGUUGGGAAAACAGCUAAAGCUGCUAAAAAGGAGAACAGAGCUCCUGAGAGAUCAGCACAUGAUAAGAAGCAAGGGAAGGUGUUGGAGGAAAGUCAGUGCUCUAUUAAUGAGGAACAGGGGAUGAGUCCCACUGUGAAAGGAGAGGACAUCCCGGCCCUGGCCAUCAGACCUGAACAUCUAGAGAAGCUGCGAGUCCCUCAGCCCCCAAAAGACUCCCAAAAGCCCCGAGCCACAAGCCGCGUGCUGGUCCGUAAGACCCGCCCUCCUGAUGAUCUCAGUGCUGGUGUGAAGGUUGCCAUGGCGAAGCUCCUCCCAAUGGAUGCUGACCUGCAGCCACUGGAUUAUACAGGUCCAGGAGGUCCACGCUUUGAUGCCCAGGGCAUGGUCCUGCCGCACAGCAUUCUGGGAAGUCUGGAGGACUUUAGGAAGGAGAUGGAGUCUAGAGGAGAGGUGGAGCUCAUUAAGCGAAUUCCUGAUACGAAGAAACAACAACGUUUUGACUUUAGAGGACAGAAGCCUGAAGACAGGACCACCUCUCGCCUACAUUAUGAGCGGGACCAACAAGGACACGCUCUUAAACACUGGUGUUAUCACAUGGCAGAGAGACGCAGGCAGCAGAGCUUCAUCUCCAAUUUGUUGCAGAAGCCGGUGGAGGAUCUGCUGAUGAACCAGUCAAACAGAUUCAGAGAAACUCAGGAGCAGAGAGAACUGAUCAGCCAAGGACUUCCUGCACUACAACAUGGACAUGGUGCCCGUGUGGGCAGUGAGUUCUGGAGUGUUCCCCAGCGAUAUGGCGAUGAACUGAGCGGAAUCGCGGCCACACUGACCCAGAAGGAAAGAGGACACGUGAAACCCAUCACACACAUCACACAGCCUCAUAGCACACGGAUAGAGUCAGGUAAUGUGCUGUCUGAGCGCUCAGUGAGUAGAGAGUGGAGUCACAGUCAGUACCUGAAGCAUCGCCAAAAUGAACUCAGAAAUGUACUGAGCGACCUCGACUUCAAUCAGCCUGAGAUGGAUGGGUUGGAGAUUGUGGGUUCUAGUCAACCUUUCACAUCUGAGUCAGAGGAGUGCUGUACGAAGCAGGAGCAGAAUGAGGAGGACAGGAGCGAGGGAGAGCAUAAAGAGAAUGAGGACCCACUGGCGCUUUUUGAUGAUGUCAUGUUAGAUGUGGAGCUGCUUCCUGCUCUGAGGAUCAGUGGUGAACUGGCACGCUGGAGCGGAAGCACCACUUCUCAUCAGGGAGAGGUUGGUGUCUCUGUCUGCCUGACAUUUGAGGCUGUGGUGGGUGAGAGCACAUGUUCUCACCUGGAACUGAAGAAUGAGGGAAGUACAGCCAUCUACUACAGCUGGCAGAAACUGGAGCUGCCACACAGCUUUCCCGAGGCCAGAACACACACACAUACUCAACAAUUCUACUUUAACACAGCUACAGCUGUGAUACUACCAGGUGAUACUGAGAGAAUUCUAUUCACCUUUAAGACUGUGCGUCCUGGGAUCAUGACAGAGGCGUGGAAGCUGCACACACACCCUGUGCUGUUGGGCGGAGCCAGACUUCAGGUCACACUCAAGGGCUUAGCUCUGUACCAGGACAAAACCGCUGAAAAGAGAGCGGCCCUGGAGCUGGAGUUGGAGCAGCGAGUGGCCAUGUCAGUGUGCAGAUCUGUGGUGUUUGAGUUGCUGGAUGGGAUUCGUACUCCAGACAGACCAAGAUCACCAGCUCAACUCUACCUGACAGAGGAGGAACAAUUUAAUGCCCAGAAUCCGAAUCUGCACUAUCAUCAUGAGCCAGUGGAGGCACUGAAGGGCCUGUGGGAGCAGGCAAAAUGGACAGAGUCAGGAGAUACAGAGGACGAACACACACAUGGCCCUGUCUGGGAUCUGUCUAUGAGCAGCCUUCAUCAGGUGGUGAUGUCUUUGCCACCAGGAGACGCAGACACACACGAGAAGAGUGUAGGACUGUGCAGGGAGGAAGCUCUCAGCCAAUACAACACAUUAUUGUUGCAACUCCACCAAUCACAGCCUGCCUCCAUCCCGCUCACACUGCACGCAAUAGGGCUGCAGUUAUGGAGGGAGCUGUUGGAUGGUUUAGCCAGUGAGGCUCUGUGGCUCAGACAUGUGCUGGGACUUCCUGAGAACGAUAACUGGGGAGACACAGAAACAGACAGCCAGGAAGAGCCAGCGACGGAGGAGGACAUGAUGGAAAGAAAAGAAGCGCCGCUGAUUAAAGAGAAGGAGGAGAAGAAAGGUGCAGCCAAACCUGCAGCCAAGGACAAACCUGCUGAGGAGCAUGGCUGGAGUAAGGACAAGCCCAAAGAGGAGGAGGAGGAGGAGGUGUUGGAUUUGGAGAAGCAGGUGAACACAAAGUCGUCCUCUACCACAAUAAGUCUAAACACAGAGAGCACUCAACAACAGUGUGACAUCAAGCCUGAACUACAGCAAAGAUACCGACACACUCUACACCGACAGGCAUGGACACACACACACACACACACAUACACACACACUGACAUGGUCAGCUGCCGCACCAACAAACACAUUAUUAAUACUAAUUAAAAAACAGUUUUUAACAGU